AUGUUGAAUGAGGGUCUAAGAGAUGAUUGGGCCAAGUCAAUGGAGGAUGCUUUAAAGCUUGUUUGUGCUAAUUGUGAGUUAAAUCAUUUGACAACGAUCCUUCAAAUUCUUAACUUGCAAGUGGUGCAUGGUUGGACAAAUGAGAGUGUAGAUCAGUUAUUGGCAUUAUUAAGUUCAUUGUUACCACCUGACUCCACAUUGCCAACAAAACAAAGUCAAUGUAAAAAGAAAAUUAGUAAGCUCGGCUUGGGAUAUAUUGUUGAACUUAUGCAGUGGCAUGCCCAAAAUAAGAGCACUAAUGGAAAACAACAACAUGUGGCUGAUUCAAGGACGUGGACGGAAUUUGAUAAUAGAUGGCCUGAUUUUUCUCAAGAUCCUUGUAAUAUAAGGUUGGGAAAUAAAAGUGUGACUUCAAAAACAAUAGAUGCUUAUAUAGAGCCAUUGUAUGAAGAGCUAAUGGAAUUGUGGAAAGGAAUUGAAGAAAUUCAAUCUUUAAGAGAUGGUCAUUCAAUCCAAUUCACUUUAAGAGCUUCCUUAUUGUUUACGAUUCAUGAUCUUCUUGCAUAUGGUACAUUAUCUAGUCUCUUUGUUCAUGGAUACCGUGGAUGUCCUGCUUGCAACUUUAAGGAUUUUGUGAGGCACUCAAGAAGUUUACGUAAGUGUAUUUAUCAUGGACAUCAUGCUUACCUUAAAAUGGAUCAUCCAUAUUGUCAGCAAAAAACACAUUUCAAUGGUCAAGAAGAGAAUCGUGAAGCGCCAUUGCUAAUAAUAGGUGAUUACAUUAUUGAGUAUGGACAGAAAAGAAUGUCAUUUAUUGAAAAUGAUGGGAUUGUGGGUAGUAGAAAUGAUCCAUGUAAUGAAAGCGAUGUAAAACGGUUGUGCAUAUUGUAUAAGUUGUCAUACUUUAAGGAUAUAGCCAUUAGGCAUACUGUUGACUUUAUGCAUACUGAGAAAAAUAUAGCCUAUGCUAUUACAGAAACUCUUUUUGGUGCCUUAGACACUAUUUCAUCAUGUGAAGACUUUCGAGAAAUAAAGAUUCGUCAAAAUAUUUGGGUUAAAAAAUAUAGAAAACUUGGUGCUCAUUACAUCUGGACAAAGGAACAAUGUGCACAAUUCUUACAGUUGAAGUCUCAGACUCACUUUCCCACUGGAUAUGUAAGUAGUAGCAUCAGGAGCCAAACUGACAUUAAUGGCUUAAGAGGCCUCAAGACCCAUGACUACCAUAUCAUAAUUGAGAAUAUCUUACCUAUUAUGGUAAAUAUGUAA